CGCGCGACAAUCACCUCGGCCAAAGUCGCCGUGAUUGUUGGAUCAAAGUCGAGCUCGUGUCAAAAUUCCAGCGGCCCCCCACACCCCCCGCCCACGCCCACCCACCGAAUCUCGAUCGCUCUCUCGAUCACUCUGCCGGCUUGCCGCCUCGAUCACACGCCGGCACGAGCGAGCAUCAUCAUCAUCAUCGUCACGACCACCACCAACACCACUGUCACCAACACGCACAACCGCCCACUCGGCGCCUGUGGCUCUACACAUUAGGAGAUCGCGACACAUGUCGGCCGCGGGUGUGCCGCCCCUCGGCGGCGUGAGAUGCUACUGGGCCCUCCUGGCCCCGACAUACUCAAAUGACCCAGCCGGCAACCCCAAACUCGAGCUCAAGUUUGUCUAUAUGGACCCCGUGCUCGGCGCGCAUCUCGCCGCGCAAAAGAUGAGCAUGCUGCAGCGGGGGGUUAUCGAGUUUAUCCAUCCGGGGGAGAGGGAGCAAGCGCGCAACGAUCUAGCAUCGGCCAUCAACUCGGACGACCUGCAAGGCAGCGUCACGCGGAUGCGCUUCGCGCGCCUGUCGCACAUCCGCACCAUCCUCGGCGCGACGGCGGGCGAAAACGCCGUGCCCCCCGACUUGGCCGCCGUGUCAGAGGACGACGAGUGGUUGAUUCUCGACUUGGUGCUCAACUGGGUCGCCGACGGCCUCCUCCUCGCCUUCUUCCACGCCAUCAAAGACAUGGACCCCGCCGCCAACAACAACCCACAUCGGCGCCAUCUCGGCUGGUCAAACUUCUGCGGGACAGACGUCAUGCCAGAGCAGCAAAUACAGUCGCUCCAGGGCAGCAUCGCAUCCAACAUCACCCCACCCCCACGCACCCGCCAGCCACCAUCACGCGUGUUCCAGCUCCACUCCUCCCCCUCGCACCCCACACACCCCAACAGGCUCCUCUUCACAUGGCCACCUUCACGACCUCAAAACUCGCAGGCUCAGUUUGACGGCCUUUACGAUGCCGACGAGUACGCCGAUCUCAUGCGGGGCGUAGACAUGGACCCGAAUCAACUGGCCGCAAAGCCGGGCGAGGUGCGCACAAACUGCACUACCCGCUUUGGCGCCGAACACGAGAUCCGCACGGAGGGGCUACAAAGAUUCGUUUCGUCCGUCUUCAUCCCCUAUGGAUCGGUCGUUUUCGCCUGUUUCCAGACGACAAAGUCGAUCCCUCUGGGCGUGGGGGCUUCUCCGGCUGGGGAACAGCAACAGUGGGGAUCGCCAACGCCCCAGCCCCAGGCGCAAGUGCCGUCGCAGCACACGCCAGAGUGGCGCCAGAGCGGCGAGUACGAUCACGGAUACAACGCAGCACCUGCGCCAGCACCACAGCAGCCCCAGCAGCCCCAACAGCAGCAGCAGGCACCCCAGGUCAGCUACCAGGCUGAUGCGUAUCCCCAGCACCAGCAGUACGCUCCGGGGCCACAACACGGUGGCUACGCACACGACUCGUCGUUUCACAAUCCACACAUGGCCCCGCAGGCCGACAACACACCCCCGCCCUCGCGCACGUCUGGGUCCACACGGCCGCUGGUCCGGCCGCCUGGCGACGUUGACAAGUGCCGUGGAUGCGGCACACGCGAGAGCCCAGAAUGGCGCAAGGGGGAGAACGGCGUCAAGGACCUGUGCAAUGCGUGUGGGCUCAAGUUGGCACGUGCCGUGGCCAAACGCGAAGGGCGGCAGAAGCCGAGGAAGAAGGACAAGCUGUAACGCGGGGGUAUGAGCGAGCGAGCGAGCUUGCAAGCGGCACGAGCGAGCCGAGUCGGCUGUGCGCCAGCCACUCGCCGCCGUGCAGAUCUCUCCUUUGACACAUAGAUGUUGACUCUGCGACCUGGCGCCCAAUAAUGCGGAUCGCGCGGAUCAUUGCCAGGUUGGUUCAAUCAUGCAAUCAUGGUG